AUGUCCGACUUCACAAACGGUAACAUGAACGGUAACAUGAAUGAACAUCCCAAACUCAAUGGAGUCAGUGGCACAAACCACGCUCCGAGCCAAGAUCUUCACGUGGAGUUUCCCAACAGCAGCAGUCCCUACAUCCAAGAGCCUGUGGCUGUGGUUAGCAUGGCCUGCAGGCUACCGGAUACAUGUCACACCCCGCGAGCCUUCUGGAAAUUCCUCGAGCAGGGGCGAAUUGCGAUUAACACGCCCCCAGGCACUCGGUACUCCCUGAACACCCAUUACGAUGGUUCACUAAAGCCGCAGACUAUGGCUUCCCCAGGUGGAAUGUUCCUACAGGAUGUUGACCCCCGCGAUAUCGAUGCCCAGUUCUUUCACCUUUCCGGAAUAGAGGCAACCUCUAUGGAUCCGCAGCAGCGUCAAUUGCUAGAAGUUGUCUAUGAGGGCCUCGAAAACGCAGGCGUCACUCUGGAACAACUCGAUGGGGCGUCGGUUGGCUGCUUUGUUAGCUCGUUCGCCAGUGAUUAUGGCGACAUGCAGGCGCGAGACCCGGAGAACCGUGCAUCGGCCACUGUUGUUGGGGUUGGUAGAGCCAUGCUCAGCAACCGUCUCAGUCACUUCCUCAAUAUCAAAGGGCCAAGUAUGACAAUCGACACUGCCUGCUCCGGGGCUCUUAUCGGGAUUGACCUCGCUAUGAGAUAUCUUCAGUCCAAAGAGAUAGACUCGGCGAUUGUUGCAGGCGCCAAUCUAUACUGCAGCCCCGAGCAUGUCAUGGAUCAUUACAUGGGCGCGAAUGGCGCCGCGUCGUUAUCCGGGCGUUGCCACACGUUCGACUCCAAAGCAGACGGAUACAUCAAGGCCGAGGCAGUUAACAUGGUGUACUUAAAGCGUCUGAGUGAUGCCAUUAAGGAGAAAGAUCCUAUUCGUGCCAUCAUUCGUGGAACUGCUACCAACAGCGAUGGCUGGACAGCUGGCAUCGCGAGCCCCAAUCCCGAAGCACAGUCGGCUGCUAUACGACAGGCUUAUAAGAAUGCUGGCAUAGCUGACCUCUCGCUGACGAGCUACGUUGAAUUCCACGGCACUGGGACAAGAGCGGGUGAUUCUCUAGAGGCGAACGGGGUUGCCACUGUCUUCACGCCAUUUCGAGCACCCGAUCGCCCUUUGCGAAUUGGCUCGGUGAAAAGUAAUAUUGGUCACUCGGAGCCGGCGGCCGGUCUAUCCGGACUGCUGAAGACUGUACUCAGCCUGGAGCACGGAGUCAUCCCAGGGAAUCCGACGUUUAUCGAUCCUAGUCCCAAAAUUGAUUUCGCAGCAUUGCGGUUGUAUACUUCGCGGACACCCACUACCUGGCCGGAGGUUCCCUUCCGGAGAGCCAGCAUCAACUCGUUUGGGUAUGGUGGCUCGAAUGCCCAUGUCAUCGUCGAUGAGGCUAAGGACCUCGGUCACCAUCAUGUCUCUUCUUAUGUAAACGAGGAGACAGAUGAUUUAUUUGCGGACGAAUCAGCGACACGACCUUAUCUUCUAGUCUUUUCCGCAAACGAUGAAAAGGCACUAGACGCCCAAGCCGCUGCAUUGGAUCGUCACCUGUCCGAUCCGGCUGUCAAAGCCUCUCUUCGUGAUCUUGCGUAUACUUUGAGCGAACGGAGAUCUCGCCACUAUCAUCGCUCCUUUACAAUCACGAGCAGCACCACUCUAGACCUUGCCACACUAAAUCAAGGGCAUAUAUCCGAGCAGAAGCCCAAGGUUGGCUUCGUCUUUACAGGGCAGGGCGCCCAAUGGCCAACAAUGGGGAGAGGGCUCGUUGAAACAUUCCCCCUGGCCGCGCAUACGAUCCAGCAGUUGGAUGGAAUACUACAAGACGCUCAUGAUCCGCCAUCUUGGUCGCUCUACGAAGAAUUGACGGCCGACGGUGCUCAGGUCCAACGUCCGGAACUAUCUCAGCCGCUUGUCACGGCACUUCAACUGGCACUGCUAGCUAUAUUUCAGGCUUCCGGUGUGGUGCCUCAAGCAGUCAUCGGGCAUUCAUCCGGGGAGAUUGCAGCAGCUGUCGCGGCAGGCUACAUCACCCCCGAGCAGGCUAUCUUGAUAGCGUAUUAUCGGGGUAAAGCUACAUCCGAAGCCGUUUACCAGGCACCUGUCGGGAUGAUGGCUGUCGGUCUUGGACCCGACCAGGUCUUACCAUACUUGGAGGGCACUACUGUUGAGAUUGCCUGCAUUAACAGCCCGCAGAGCGUCACCCUCUCAGGCACUAAAUCGGAGCUUGUUCCCAUAGAAGAACGUGUCAAAAAUGAUGGGUACUUCGCACGACUACUUCGUGUGGAUGCAGCAUAUCAUUCCCACCAUAUGAAGCCCGUCGCUGGGCGAUAUGAAGAUCUGUUGAGGCAACAUGUCGAGUGGCCAAAGCAGAGUAAGAACAACAAGCAAUCACUGAUGGUGUCGUCGACCACCGGCAAGGCACUCGAAACCCCACCAGGGCCUGCCUACUGGGUUGCCAACAUGGUUUCGCCUGUGCUCUUUAGCCAGGCGGCACAUGAGCUGAUAACGGGACCAGAGGCUGUGGAUUGCCUUUUCGAAAUUGGGCCAAGUGACGCACUGUCCGGACCAAUAAACCAGACCAAAAACGCCGCCUCCUCAUCAGUUAAGUAUGGCGCGGCCUGGAAGCGCGGCCCUAACGCGAUCUCAGCCUUGCUACAUGCAGCCGGGACGCUAUUCACCAUGGGCUACCCCAUUUCCCUGACAGCAUUCAACGAUGAUGGAGGCGACACUCAUCCUGUGUUUGUGUCGGACCUGCCCAACUACCAGUGGAACCACUCCGUGAAAUACUGGCACGAGAGCGAAUCCAGUCAAGACUGGCGCUUCCGCAAGUUCCCCUAUCAUGACCUCCUUGGCAGCAAAAUCCUCGGCAGCCCAUGGACUAAUCCAACAUGGAAGAAUGUGUUGCGGCUAAGCGACAUCACUUGGCUGCGCGACCAUCUUCUCGGAGACAGCGUCAUCUUCCCGGCGGCGGGCUACAUUGCUAUGGCCAUCGAAGCCAUCUACCAGAAGACGUAUGCAACGGGCCAGAUCCCCGAGGGGACUUCCAUCUCUGAACUUCCUUUCAAACUGCGCAACGUGACAUUCCCCCGAAUGCUCACACUGGACACAAAAAGCAGCGGUACCAAGAUCCUACUGUCGUUGCAACCGUGCUCCAGCACUAAGGAGUCAUGGCACGAGUUUACGGUCAGCACGAUCACGAAGGAUGGCUCAAUUGAAGAACACUGCCGAGGCCUUGUAGGCGUUGCUAAUCAAAGUCUUCCUCGACCACUUGUCAAUGCGUCAGAUGUUGCACCUUUGCAACACCCGGUACCAGGCGCCGUAUGGUACAAGGCCAUGCGUCGGGUUGGCUACCACUUCGGCCCUGCCUUCCAGCCCUGCCAGCAAGUUGAGGCCAAGGCAGACUCGCGUCAGUGCCGGGCGCUGGUACGACUGCAAGCACCCGAAUCUCGUUACCCGCAGAGCCAAUAUGCAAUGCACCCCGCCGCAAUCGACGGCUGCUUACAGAUUGCUACUGUCGCCCUUAACCGUGGUCAUCACUCUGCCAUCAACACCCUCAUGCCUCCUGCACUCAUUGAUGAUCUCGUGAUAUUCCCGCACACGGUUGCAUCUGGCGAUGAAGCGAUUGUAGCCUCGGAGGCCGUAUGGAGUGGUGUUGGCCGUCCAGAUGACAAUAAACGUUAUGUCAGUGACAUCAGAACGAUCGCUCAGGGAAGCAAUGAGCUCGUCUUCCACCUCGAGGGACUGCGAUAUCACGCGAUAAAUGCGAGUGUUGACCGACCUCAUGCAUUCACGGAGGUUGUUUGGAACCCAGACAUUGACUUCCUCACCUCCCCCCAGAUGGCGCAUAUACUACAGCGAGCGGUGCCAUCACGAAACAGCAAUGGCGAGGGCGAUGGAGAUGCUGCCGCGGCAGCCUUGACGCAGUUGGCCAAGCUGCUGUCACUGAUAGCCCACAAACGCCCAUCGGCCAAAGUGCUGGAGGUGGCGGCACGCGACGGCCCAGCAGCUGGAGAGUCCCUGUACCUCGACCAUAUCCGCUCCAAGGUGGGUCAUAUUGUCCAAGGGUGUAGCUACCGCUACUUGGCGCCAUCCCAGCAAGCCGGGCUGGUGGCCCAUGAGAAGUACGCGGCGGAACCGCGUGUUGCUGUGCAGGUGGUGGAUGCAGAUCAUGGGCUUUUUGACGAUACCGAUGGGAAGUACGACUUUAUUAUCUUGAAGGUCGACGAAGGGGCGCAUGAAGUUGAGCAAAUCAUCCGGCAGGCACGAGAGAUCGUGACAGUGAAUGGAUAUUUGGUUGUGGUGAGGGUAGUAGGGCUCCCAUUCUUGAAUGGUGACUCUUCCAGCUCGACUGGUCUCGACACUGUUAAUCUCAUCCAGACCUCCAGGGGUGGCGUCCUCAAUCUGCUCUAUGUUGGAAGACUGAGGGAGAAAGACCUAGAGACGGAAUUUCACAACAGAGACAGUACAAAGGUGCACUUGCUUCAUUUUGGCGGUCCAGUCCCCUCCACAAAUGCAGUUCAAGAUGUUCUUGAAAAGAAGGGAUGGACCGUAUCGCAGCACAGUCUACCAUUUGAAGAAGUCCUCCCGGACAGCACGGUCGUGCUGAUAGAAGAGAUGGAACACCCGAUUCUCUCCGCCUUAACAGAUCAGCAGUUCACUGCGCUACGAGGUCUGCUAGAGAAGCAGUGCCGUGUGGUGUGGGUCACUAGAGGGUCUCAGAUGCAAGUCACUCAUCCAGAGCAAGGCCUCAUGUUUGGGGCUGCCCGCUCACUUCGGGCAGAAUAUUCUUCCAACCUGCUCUUGUGUCUGGAUGUCGAAUCUCCGACCAGUUCCAGCAGCUUGGAGGCGAUUGACACGGCUCUUCGCCAUAUCACAUCUGUCGCUAGCCUCCAGGACGCUGAUAGUGAGUUUGUGGAGCGCGAUGGGAUGUACCAUGUCAGUAGAGUGGUCGCAGAUGCUGUGCUCAAUCAGGCCCAGAAGGAAAGUGAAGACGGAGAAGCAGGAGGGGGACUACCUAUUCGCGAGGACAUCAUCCACGAUCACAAUUCCCUCAUUCGAUUGAUCAGUGAACGACCUGGUACAUUGGAUACACUUAUAUACAAGGAGAUCCCGGAUCUGCCGAAGCUCGCAGAUGACGAGGUCGAGAUCGAGGUCCACGCCGCAGGGAUGAAUUUCAAGGACCUGGCCAACGCAAUGGGAUUCGUGCCGGCCAAUGAGCACCUGUUUGGUUUAGAGUGUACUGGAAUCGUCACAGCCAUUGGAGACGCUGUGUCUACUGUUCAACCCGGAGACCGAGUGCUCAUGGUCCGACGAGACGGAGGCUGUUUUGCCAAUAGGGUGAGAAACCGCUGGCAUGCUGUUCACCCGUUGCCCGAAUGGAUCUCGUUCGAAGCUGGUACAACCCUUGGGAUUGCAGUGCACACAGCAGUCUACGGCCUCGUCACGUUGGCCAACCUUCAAAAGGGACAGUCUGUCCUGAUCCAUUCCGCAUCGGGUGGAGUCGGCCUGGCUGCCAUCGAGCUCUGUCACUAUCUCGGGGCAGAGAUCUUCGUAACAGUAGGCACGGAUGCGAAACGAGACUUCUUAGCUGAGAAUUACGGAGUGCGGCGAGACCGCAUGUUCUCCUCUCGCAGCACGGCCUUCGCGAAAGAAUUGAUGCGGGCGACCAAUGGCCGAGGGGUCGAUGUCUGUCUCAACUCCCUGACCGGAGACAUGUUGCACGAGAGCUGGAGAUGUAUCGCCGAGAACGGCACUCUCGUUGAGAUCGGAAAGAAGGACAUGCUCGAUCGAAACAGUCUCUCCAUGGAGCCCUUUGACCGCAACUGCUCUUACCGUGCCUUGGAUCUCUCGCGAAAGAGCAUCAGUGAUGAGACCACCUAUCAAACGGGAGUCUACAUCAUGGACCUCGUGAGACAACGCCAUAUUAGACCACUGUACAUCGGCGCGACCUUCCCCUUUACCGAGACUGUGGACGCAUUCAGGUACAUGCAGCGAGGAAAGCACAUCGGCAAAGUAGUUCUCUCCUUCGAGGAGAGCAAGUCCGUGCCCCUACCCUUUCGGCCAGCAGGACCUGUCUUCCGCCUGCGCCCAGACGGCUCAUACCUCAUUGCCGGUGGACUCAAGGGCCUUUGUGGAAGCAUUGCAGUUUACCUGGCGCGGCAUGGAGCGAAGAAUCUGGUGGUCAUCUGUCGCAGUGGGUACGAGGACCCGCGAUCGCAGAAGAUCAUCUACGACUGCCAGUGCCUGGGAUGCCAUGUCGAUCAGGUAACAGGGGAUAUCACGUCCCUUGAGGACGUCCGCCGUGCCUUUACCACCGCCUCGUUGCCCGUCAUCGGCGUGAUUCAAGGCGCAAUGGUCCUCCGCGACAGCAUGUUUUCGAAUAUGACGCCUGACGAGUUCCGACAACCUAUCACACCCAAGGUUGCCGGAACUUGGAACCUGCAUCACGCGUCGCUCGAGCUAUCGACCUCAUUAGAUUUCUUUACCCUCCUCUCCAGCGUGAGUGGCUUAGUAGGACAGCUCGGACAAGCUAACUAUGCGGCGGGCAACGCCUUCCUCGACUCCUUCGCCGCGUACCGCCUGCAGCAGGGCCUUCCAGCCUGCUCGAUCAAUCUCGGUCCCAUCGACGAUGUCGGCUACCUCGCCAACGACGAGCAAGGUACAAUGCUCAAUCGUGUCUUCGAAAAUCGCGGCUGGACCCCCAUCCACGAGGCCCUACUGCAUCAGAUUCUGCGCAUCAGUAUCCUCCAGCAGACACACCGUCUCAACCCAUCCCACACCGGACAACUCGUCACAGCGAUUGUGCCCGGCGAGACUCCCUUCGAACCCGUGCAUCGGUUCAGCGCCCUGGCAGGUCAUAAUACAGCCAAGACCGCCGGCGGCGUCGACGCCGAAUCUAAAUCCAAGCUGGCGCUCCUAAAGAAGGCCUCAUCGGGCGACACUGACUAUGCCAUUUUACUCGCUGCCGCCGUGGGGCUGGUGAAUCCUGUCCUCAUGCGCAGUUUGGGUGUCGGGGAACCGUUGGACCCGACUCGACCGCUGAGCAACUACGGAGUUGACUCGCUGGUCGCAGUGGAGUUGAGGAACUGGGUCCGUCAGCAGUUGGAGAUCGAGGUUAGCGCGCUUGAGAUCGUGGGUGCUAGGACUCUGACGGCGUUGUGUGAGACGCUUCUGGGCAAGCUGGUGCGGUAGACUUGAUGCCUUUGCGGUAUCCUUUUUACCAUGCUUGUUUCUAGUCGUGUAGUCCUAGGUUCUCUAUGCCUUGCGUUAUAUACAU